AUGGGUUCGCAGGACUACUCUUUCAAGGCCCAAUUGGCCGAGCAACACUCCUCGCUUGAGAAAGAUCGCAGCAGGUCGUCUGCGGACGUGUACUACAGCGCCAGCAAUGGACUCGCCGUGCCAAACCCAUACGAGUCGCAACGCGCCGGGGAGAAUGGACCUCUUCUGCUCCAAGACUUCCAUCUGGUUGACCUGAUUUCACAUUUUGACCGCGAGCGGAUUCCCGAGCGUGUGGUUCACGCCAACGGAAGCGGUGCCCACGGUGUGUUUGAGUGUACAGAUCCCAUCCCCAACCUGACAAUGGCCAACCUCUUUUCUGAAAAGGGGAAGAAGUGCCCCAUCACUGUUAGAUUCUCUACCGUGGGAGGAGAAACAGGAUCCCACGAUCUUGCUCGUGACCCGCGUGGCUUUUCUGUCAAGUUCAGGACCGAGGAGGGUAAUUGGGACCUCGUCGCUAACAACACGCCCGUCUUCUUCCUCAGAGACCCAGCCAAGUUCCCCCAUUUCAUUCACACACAGAAGCGGCACCCUUCGACUCAUCUUACACACGCUGAUGAUGCCACCUUGUUUUGGGACUACCUUUCACAGAACCCCGAGUCGAUCCACCAGGUCAUGAUCCUGAUGGGUGACCGAGGCAUUCCGGAUGGUUACCGCUUCAUGCACGGAUACUCUGGCCAUUCUAUGAAGCUCGUCAACAAAGACGGCGACUGGGUGUACUGCCAGAUCCAUCUGAAAUCACUGCAGGGCACAAAAUUCAUCACACAGGAGGAUUCUGCCAACUACUCGCCCGACUACUCCCAGAAAGACCUAUACGAGGCCAUUGAGAGGGGCGACUACCCCAAUGAGGCCGAAGAUCUCUGGGAGACCCAAAAGAUCAACGUCCUGGACCUCACCCACAUCUGGCCACAGAGCCAGUUCCCCCGUCGCAAGAUCGGCGAGUUCACACUCAACGAGAACGCAGUCAACUACUUCGCCGAGGUCGAGCAGGUGGCAUUCAGCCCGUCCCACCUCGUCCCCGGCAUCGAGCCAUCCGCAGAUCCCGUGCUCCAGUCCCGACUCUUCUCCUACCCGGACACGCACCGCCACCGGCUCGGCGCAAACUACCACCAGCUCCCCGUCAACGCGGCCAGGACCAUGUGCCCCUUUGGCAACUUCCAGCGUGACGGGCCCAUGGCCUUCUACAACCAGGGCGCCAGGCCAAACUAUCUCUCCUCCAUCGACCCCAUCAGCCUCCCGCCGCGCGCCGUCAACGCGGACAGGACGCACGGACACUUCGCGGGGGAGGUGAUGACCUUUUUGACCGAGAUCCGGCCCGAGGAUUUCAAUGCCCCGCGGGCGCUGUGGCGGAACGUGUUUGACCAGCCUGCGCGGGACCGCUUCAUCAGCAACACGUCCGGGAAGCUGUCGCUCUGCAAGAAGGAGGAGAUCAUCAAGCGGCAGAUCGCCAUCUUCCGCGAGGUGGACCCGGAGAUUGCGGAGCGGCUGGAGAAGGAGCUCGGGAUCAAGGGGUAUGAUGGCAUUGCCGACCUCCAGUUCAACGGCUCGCAUAACGGGAUGCCACGGGGAUCCGGGGCGAAGCACGUGAAUGGGGGCAAUAUGAACGGGGGCAGUGUGAACAAGACCUCCUUUGGCUCGAGGACUAAUGGUGCGCCGCAGAAGGGGACGCAUUCUAGGCUGGCAGCCUAUGGGAGUGGACAUGGAAUCGCUACUGCGGCGGAUAGGCAGCAGACCAAGUAUGGCGUCUAA